AUGGAUAAUUCCUUAUGGUGGAAUGGUCCUAGCUGGUUAAGAAAUUAUCGCUCAUUUACAAGUUUGGAAGAUUCUAAUCUGGAAUUCGCCGAAGACGACGUUCGUAAUGCAGUACAUGAAGCUAAAAGGCUUAUAGCCACUUGUCAUCUCAUCGUUUCUCCAUCAUCGCGGACUGAUGAGAUUAUUCAUAGUCUCAUUAGCAACUGCUCAACAUUGUCAAAGAUAGAACGAACAUUUGCUUACUGUAUUAGAUUUAUCUCCAAUUGUCGCAAAAAACAGGAUGAAAGAGUUCUGUCUAAAUUAACCCUAGCGGAGCUAGAAUCUUCGAGGCGUGAGAUAAUCAAGUAUUCGCAACGCGUUCACUUCGCAGAAGAUCUAAAACGUCUGCAAAAUAAUCGAGAAUUGACACAAACGAGCCCAAUACUGCAGUUACGCCCUUUUCUGGACAAGGAUGGUAUGAUCAGGGUGGGCGGUCGGUUACAAGCCACCUCCUGGAAUUUUGAAAGGAAACAUCCUAUUUUACUACCUAGGCAGUCUAGAAUCACACGUCUGCUAAUCGAGAGGGAACAUCGCGCCUUAUUGCAUGCCAGUCAGCAAUUGUUAUUGGCCACAAUACGGCAGCGAUAUUGGCCAUUGAAGGCAAAGAGUUUGGUACGCCAAGUCUGCCGAUCCUGCGUCUGGUGUACUAGAAACAAUCCUAGGGGAUUGACACAAGCAAUGGGGUCCCUAUCGCGCGACAGAGUUCAACCGUCCAGACCAUUCACUAUUACUGGCGUCGAUUUUGCAGGUCCAAUUACCUCUCUCGUCAACAAAGGACGAGGUAGAAAGACAUCUACAAGUGAGCUGUCUACAUCAGCCUUUUUGGCAGCGUUACGCCGUUUCAUUGGCCGGCGUGGAUUGCCACGCAAGAUUUGCAGCGAUAAUGCCACUAAUUUUGUGGGUGCUAAAGGCGAAUUGGAAGAGCUCUACACCUUCAUUCGCACUUCCAUUGAUGGAGAUGUUGGAGAUGCCUUACAGGAAAGAGGCAUAGAAUGGUGCUUUAUACCCCCCCAUUCUCCGCAUUUGGGCGGCCUAUGGGAAGCGGGAGUCAAAUCUUGCAAGUAUCAUCUUCGUCGAGUUAUGGGCAACACUUUAUUUACAUUUGAGGAACUUACGACAUUCCUGGUGCAGAUCGAAGCAUGUUUGAAUUCAAGGCCGCUGUCGCCUUUAUCAUCCGAUCCUUCUGAUUUACAACCUUUGACACCAGGACAUUUCCUUAUGGGAGGACCUCCUACUAGUCUCCCGGACAACGAUUUAUUCGAUAUCAAAAUCAAUCGCCUUGAUAGAUGGGAGUUGGUUCAGCGUUCAGUCCAAGAUUUCUGGAAACGGUGGGCGGUCGAGUACGUGGCUAAUCUACAGAGUCGCGUUAAAUGGAAAACUCGUCAAGAAAAUCUCGGAAUCAACGACCUCGUGUUAUUAAAAGAGGACAAUUUACCGCCAUUAAAAUGGAGACUCGGUCGUGUUACAGAGGUUCAUCCUGGCAAAGACGACUUAGUACGCGUCGUAACAGUGCGCACGGCCACUGGAGUCACAAAGAGAGCUAUUACAAAACUUUGCAAGUUACCCAUGAACGAUUCUAUAAAUGAAAAAGAUUAA